CCCUUCAAUAGGUCACCUUACACUCUUGAAAAAAACCCUAGCUACAUUAUUUGGCUCUCACUAUCUAGCCAUGGCAGCAGCUCAAUCACUUGCAUGCACCUUCAUCUUCUUCCUCAUCAUUAAUGUCACCGUUACCGAUGCAUGCGGUUCAUGCACACCAAAAGUAACACCACCCCCGGCCUCAUCGUCUUGUCCUAGGGACGCGUUGAAGCUUGGAGUCUGUGCCGACGUACUAGGUUUGGUCAAUGUAGUGGUUGGGACCCCUGAAUCUAGCAAAUGUUGUGCAUUGCUACAAGGUUUGGUUGAUUUGGAAGUCGCGGCUUGCCUUUGCACCGCCAUCAAGGCUAAUAUCCUUGGAAUUAACCUCAAUGUUCCAAUUUCACUAAGCUUGUUGGUGAGUGCUUGUGGCAGCACCAUUCCACCGGGCUUCAAAUGCGAGUAAAGAUCCAGAUGCCUCGCAGAAUUGAACCUUAUUUUCUUAAUUUUCGUUUAUUUCAUGUGCUAUUUUAUUAUCGAAGUCUCAUUAUAAGUUAUUGAACUCAAAACUGAAAAUGAAACGUAUUAGAUGAAUGGAUUGUGAUUUUUAUGUUUGAAUUUGGAUUUGCUAAUGUAAUUCUUAAUUUUUAAGGUUUUGUUUUGUGAUAA